AUGCCCAUCCUCGAUCGUCGUCGGCCAACUCAACGGCGUCCUGAACGACGAGUCGUCGACGAAGAUGAUGACAUCGAACUCCCUCCCUACGAACCCCUCGCUUGCCCCCUCACGAACGAAGCCAAGCGUGCAAUUGCAGAGCUUUCAAACUCACGCGAUGUUCACCGUUAUCAGAAUCACAUCAAAAGUUCAAUCACAAAUCUUAGCCAAAGCGUUGCAGACAUCAACGACGUGACACGAGAGCGCCAUGAAAUGAUUAAGCGCCUCGCUGCGAAGCGGGCGGAAUCGGAGAGUCAAGAAAAGUCACAGCGUGAGGAUGAGGUUGAGGAGCACACGGCAGCCUUAGAUGCGGAGGUCCCCCGCCUCACCAAGGAAGCAGAAGCAGCGGUCCGUGACCUGAUCGACAGGCAGGUGCAGCUUGAUGACGAUAAGGCGGCGCUGGCGGAGACUGUAGACUAUUACCAGCAGCUCCCCGCCGCGCCCUCUUCUCGCUCUCGACGGAGAACCAGGCACCGAGCAGAAGAUGUGGAUGGAGAGGAUGGCGGGGCCGAGGAAGGUGAGGAACUUGCGGCGCCGGCUCUACCGGACCAAUCCGUUAUCGACACGCUACGUCAGCAUAGAGACGAAAAGGUUCGUGAGUACGAGAAGAUGAAUGCGUAUCAACGAUAUGCUGUCAACAACGAUUACGCCGGCUUCAAGAAGCUGUGGCAUGACGCCGUACAUGGUGACACUGGUGCGCCCCUCCCCAACGCCAAGCGCUGGUUCGACGACGCUGGGAACCCUGUUAUGCCGCGCACUGUGAGUGGGGACUCCCAAGACGUCAAGAAUGAAGGAGAAGGAGCGGAAGAUGAUGAAGACGAGGACGUGGUUAUUGCCGGUGAGGUCAGGGACUACAGGUGCCCGCUGUCGAUGCAGGAGUACAAAGAGCCGUACAGCAAUCGCAUGUGCAGCCAUACUUACGAGAAGGAGUGGAUCGUGGAUAUGCUGCGGAAACAACCGAACAAACGCUCUCAAUGCGUUGUGCCAGGCUGCUCCAAGGAAUUUGGUCUCGAGGACUUCUACCACGACGACGUUAUUCUGCGCAAGAUGAAGCGUGCUCAGCAGUUGCAGCGCCUUGCGGAGGAGGGAGGCAGCAGUAGUGUAGACGAAGACGGGGAUGACGACAACCCGCAAGAGGUAAGGCGGAGGAAACUUGCGAGGAGCCAGAAGCGCAAGGUUGAAGAAAUUGAUGACGAGUGA